AACAAGUCAAUAGCCCGCCGGACAACAGCCAGACAACCGUCGGCGCCCAGCCAAUAGCCCGCCCAAUGCGAGCACGACGCCACCGAGACAAGCCGCAACAAACGCACGCCCAGCUACUAGUCCAGCAGCCUGGCAGACCUCGCAACAAGUCCAGCAGCCCGCCCAACAGCCGCUCGCGUACAGCCAACAGUCCAACAGCGAGCCCUCGCAACACAACAGCCCGCGCAACACGACGCCAGACACUACGCCCACAGCCAGCAGCCCUCGCAACAAUCGCUCCCACCAGCCACCAUGCCCAGCAGCCAGCAAAAAGACGCCAGACACCACGCCCACAGCACAAUAGCCCGCCGGACGCGAGCACAACAGCCCGAGAACCGCGCGCGCCCAGCCAACAGCCCGCCUUCUUCUCGGGGGUGCCUCACCUAACAUAGAAAGGCAUGGCAGGGCGUAGAAGGAAAAAGGAAAGAUGACGUCUUCGCCCGGCCGUGGUGUGGAACCCUCAGUUUUUGCUGCCGUGCACGGACUAACCUGGUUUCUUAUAAAAGAAGCUGCCCUCCGCUCAACUCUUCCUCCUUUUCUUUUUCUUCAGCCUUCGGGCAUAUGGUCACAUUCAGUCAAAUUUUUUUUCACUGUAAUC